AUGGACGUUGAAAAGUGCAUAGAUCUGCACAACCGCAUCGUCGCCCAUGCUUGCUCGCGCCUUCCGCCCGACCGCCAACCCAAGAUUCAACGCAACUGGUUCACCGCGCACUCUCUGGAUCCUUCCUCAUCCGUUUCCUUGGCCCAGCGUAUGGAGGAUGAAUCCGACGACCCAGAUUCAGACCUCGAGGUAGAAUUCGACGAUGACCUCAUAGCCUUCCUAUCGGGCAUCGACAUCCCCUUUAACCCCUUCCUUAUCGGUGUCCCACCGCCAGGCCGCAUGAUUCCCGACACAUGGCUUGGCAUGUUACCGGAGCGCGAAGACUACAUCUUGCUAUACAUAGGGACUGGAUAUGAUCCGGGAGGUCUUUUCUACAAGUGGUCGACUGGGCAAGUAUGCUUCAUGGACAACAUAUUUUUCGAACCCGAUGAGAUGUAUUUCGACGAACUUCAGGUUGCGCUAGAAAUAUACUGGGACUGUGUUGAGUCGGAGAAAUUCGUUAUCGAUACAGAAGACCUAGGAGAUGAACUUGCUGCGCAGGGAUGGAGGCUACAGGAGUGGACGGACAUAGAAUUGAAGAUCACGCUGGAGGCAUGGCAUAGUUUGGUGGAUGCGAUCACUAAACGCCUACCGGGACAAGGGAAAGAUGACGACCUAGGAGCACACCAGGAGGAGAAGCAAGAAGAAAUGGACGCUGUUUUGGUAUCAUCUGAGACCCUGGACCAAUAUCCCGCUAUCUCUCCUUUCGCACGCGCAUUCCUUUCUCGAGCGAGAAAACCGACCUUUACUUCCAUCGCUCCGCAACUAGACGUUCCGACCGAAGACUUUGUAAAGCGGAUAGGUGCCAUACUACAGGAAUUACACCCCGACAUUACCAUCACCACGCCGGAACACGAAAUGCGCCGGAUACCCAGAUUUAUUUUCUUCCCGUGGCGGACACCAGGCCUCCAAUUCGUUUCCCAGUCUGAUCGUGACCGAUGGGUGGGCUUCCGAGGCGAUGCCCACACUCUUGACAAUCGCGCCGGUCUGUAUCUGACCCCUGAUGGGGUACACACACACUCUAUCUCUCUACUACUUCCUUUUUCAAUCGGAUCUAAUGGUCACGUGCGCAUGAAUGAUGGAGCUAUCAUGAAGCCGGAGGAUCAAGGCCAAGAUGCUUUGUAUGGGCAUCAUUCGUGUGGCCCCUUUAUGUACGCACAUGGCACACCGUUGGCCGCUGUUCUGGUAAAUUGGUGUGACCUGAUUGAGAAGGGGAACUGGCACGUUGAUGAAAACGGCGUCGCAGGUGGGGAAGAUGUAUGGCAACAAGCGGAUACGGAAGAUAAGGCCGAGGAUUACAUGACGGAUUGGAGUUGCUUUUAA